AUAAUUGAGCUGCAAGGCCUCAUUGCCAAUGAAUCACAGUCUAUUCAAUCUAUUGUGCCAGAAACAGUGACCACCAAGUUUGUAUUUCCCCAUGUAAAGCACCUUGUAUUGGGUAAGUUGCCGAGAUUGAAAAGUUUCUUCUCUAGGACCCAAUGGCCAUCGUUGAAACAAAUGGAGGUUAUUGAAUGCCCCAAAGCACAGAUAUUUGGUGAGGUUGAAAUUCCAAACCAACAACCCUUGUUUUGCGUCAAUGAGGACACUUUCCCUGUCUUACAAGAAUUAACACUGAAGACAACUGAUAUGAUGAAGGGGAUAUGUGAUGGACAACUCUCAUUGCAGUGUUUCCCAAACCUCAAACUUCUUAACCUCCAAUUCUUUCCUGAGGCAUCCACUACUCUUCCAUAUUCCUUCAUUCGCUCACUACCAAAGCUUCAGAAGCUUGUUAUAAACAAUGCUUCCAUUUCUGAAAUAGUCCGGCCUAAAGGACUCAGCCACAAGGAAAGACAUACAUCAGCAUUCUCUCAGUUAAAGGAAUUAAGCUUGUCUGAACUUCCAGAGUUGACAUUAAAUACUUUGUUUGAAGGACGCAACCACAAAGAAAGACAUACAUCAGCAUUCUCUCAGUUAAAGGAAUUAAGCUUGUCUGAACUUCCAGAGUUGACAUUAAAGACUUUGUUUGAAGGACUCAUCAAUGAGGAAAGGCACACAUCGGCAUGCUAUCAGUUAGAGGCGUUAAGGUUGUCUCAACUUCCAGAGCUAACAUUAAAGACUUUAGAGCCAUUUUUGUUGUCUUUCAAAAAUCUAUUAAGUAUGGAAGUUUCAAGAUGCCAUGGAUCCAUCAGUCUAAUGGCAUGCUCGACAGCUAAGAGCCUGAUGCUACUAGAAAGAUUGAGCAUAGCUGAUUGUGAAUUGAUAGAAGAAAUCAUAUCAUGUGAAGGUGAAGACUUACAGGGCAGCAUUGUUUUCCCAAGCUGAAGGAGUUGCGACUGAGUCAUCUGCCAAGUAUAGCAAGCUUUUCAUUGGCGCAUCACUCGUUGGAGUUCCCAGUCUUGCAAAUGGUGAUAGUGACAGAGUGCCCAAAAAUGAAGAAUUUCUGUCAAGGAGAGUUAAGCACACCAAGGCUGGAACAAAUGCACUUAACAGGAGAUGAGGAUGGUGAACUGCAGUGGGAAGGCAACCUUAACACCACCAUAAAGCAUAUGUUCGAUCAAAUGGUACCAAUCAUUUUAAAGUGUUAUACUUUUGAAAACAUUGGUUUUACCUUUCUUUAUAAUUGUUUCUUUUGAUCACGCACGUACAGAAUGUGCAAAAUUCUCAAGCGGUCGAGGUUACUGAUCAAUUGCACCAAAUUGAAUAAGGAAAUAUGUUGGGGUGCAUGUGAGACAAGCUCAGUUUCAUUUCAAUUCAAACCAAACCGUAAUUUACUCGUCUA